UUUUGAUUUUUUUUAUGUCGUUAUUGUGGGUUUUUAUAUGAGGUAUCAUAGCUGUUAUAGGGUACUUGUAGUAGAGACGCGCAUUUAUGGGAUAUAAUUCAUCCUAAUUGAAAGGAAUUUGCAACCAUCUCAGUUCGGACUGACUUCGGGGUAUUAUGGAUAAUUUGCUUCGGCACGUAUAUAUUUCAGCGGUCGAAAAGUAGCCAGUGACCUCUGCAUAGGAGAAUAGCCCAGUCUUUUCCCCUCUUGUUACAUCCCUCCACAACCCACCAGUGGGAGUUCACUUGCCCCCUUGUCCCAAAACAAAAGCCCCCCGCAAAAAAGGAAAGAAGAAGAAAAAAGAGCACUUUAUGAACAAAACCACAAUCCGAUAAUGCCACUCCCCAAUCUCCCAGAUGAGAUCCUCCUCCUCAUCGCGAAUCAUUUGAACCCGGGAGACCUGAACAACUUCCUCUCCGCAAACAGCCGUUUAGCCGUCGUCCUUACCCCGCUUCUCCACGACCUCGCCGUCCAGGACAAGGACGGUCUGCCGGCGUUGGAAUGGGCGGCAAUCGAAGGCUACGAGGGCUUGGUGACCCUGGUCCUGGAGCGUAAGAAAGCCGAAUGCAGGGACACUUGCUGGGCGAAGGGAGCUCUGCACCAAGCCUCAGCCUACGGCCACGAAGCCAUCAUAGGAAGGUUGUUGAAUAGCGGUGUAGUCGAGGUGCACAGUCGGCUGGACGGGCUAACGGCAUUGCACUACGCUUCCCGCUACGGAAAGGAGGUUGCGAUAAAGCUGUUGUUGGAGCAUGGCGCGGAGGUCAAUGCCCGUGAUGGGCGGUCAAACGAUACAGCCUUGCACUUUGCCGUUCAUGGGUACGAGUGCGUUGCGGAUGGAAGGAGGAUGGAGGAUGAGUUGGGGGUUUGGAGGACGUUCGGUGGUCGACCCGGCGUUACCUGUUCGGGGAUUCAAGAGGGCUUUCUGGGGUGCGUGAAGGUGCUCUUGGAGAAGGGUGCAGAUGUCCGAUUGAAGGAUUCGUGCGGGAGAACCCCUCUUGAUAUAGCUCGGAAGUAUAAACUUGGGGAUGCAAUCGGGUUGCUGGAAGAAGCCAGACUUAGGCCCAAUCUCUGACGACUGGCGAACUCUCUCGAUAAGAUGUUUUUUUCCCCUCUCCUCCC